CACAAUGGCUGGUCAUAAUAAUUUCAAUGGCGAUCAGGCUUUAUAGCAUUGGUGAAAUGCAAUUUUAUUGUCCUUGAAUCAAAAUCUGUAUAAGGCAAAUACAUAUACAUAGAGAUUAGAGAGAAACAGAGAGGGAUGGAGCCUUCAUCGGAUACAGAAUUUGAUUACCUGUUUAAGGUGUUGUUGAUUGGUGAUUCUGGCGUCGGAAAGAGCAGCAUUCUUCUCUCUUUUACCUUGAACACUUUCGAUGAUCUUAAUCCCACCAUUGGUGUUGAUUUCAAGGUAAAGUAUUUUCAAGUUGGGGGAAAGAAAAUAAAACUUGCAAUAUGGGAUACAGCUGGGCAGGAGAGAUUCAGAACACUGACAAGCUCAUAUUACAGAGGAGCACAGGGUAUCAUUAUGGUGUAUGAUGUGACAAGGCGAGAUACAUUUACCAAUCUUUCUGAAGUAUGGUCCAAAGAGAUUGAACUCUACUCAACUAACCAAGAUUGCAUAAGGAUGCUUGUUGGAAACAAAGUUGACAGGGAAAAUGAAAGGGUUGUGACCAAGAAAGAAGGAAGAGAAUUUGCGAAGGAACAUGGAUGCUUAUUCAUCGAGUGCAGUGCAAAAACACGAGAUAAUGUAGAGAAGUGCUUCGAAGAGCUUGUAUUAAAGAUAUUAGAAACACCCAGUCUUUUAGAGGACAGCUCCAAAGCUAUCAAAAGGCCUAUGCUUCAAGGGAGCCAACUACAAACUAAUACUUCAACAAGCAGUUGCUGCUGAGCAAUGAACUCUUGUUGUGUACUAAUCUUUGUGAAGAAAUGCAUUUUUGUUGUAGUUAGUUGUUGCUUUAUAAUUUGUAGAAGCAUAACUGUUUCUCAAUAAGUUUAUCAAUCUGCCCUGUAUUGCCUAAACACAUUUACCGAAUGUUUUAAGAUUAUUGUAAAAUAUAUCGAAUGUUUUAAGAUUGCUGUAAAC